AUGUCUUCAAACCAAGAGAUCUACACCAAUGGCUUCGGCAAUGGGGGCGAGAGUCACACCAAUGGACACAUCGCUGCACCCGAUUCCGACACAUUCCUCUUCAGCUCGGAAUCGGUCGGUGAGGGACAUCCAGGUCUGUGUGGUAUCACCCGUUUCACUGCCACCACCAAAGCACGUGCUCUUCACGUGUCGAACAAAAUGUGUGACCAAAUCAGUGACGCCGUACUCGACGCCCAUCUCUCCCAAGACCCGGACUCGAGGAUCGCCUGCGAGACGGCCACCAAAUCGGGUCUUAUCAUCGUUUUCGGCGAAAUCACUUCCAAUGCCAAU